AUGUCUUCGUUGACACCGGAGCGGAACAAAGCAUCCUUCAGCGGGGCGGGGCUGUGGCCUGUGGACAUGGAUCGAGCGCUGACCCGGCUUCAGGGCACGGCGAAGAGGAAAGAGGGGCCGACCGGGCGCCCACCCCUAGAGGAUGUCCCCAUCGCCAUGAUCCACGAGCAGCUGGAAGAGGCCAUCGGAGAGAGGGGCCUGAGGCAAUUGAAGGCGGGAGGACAUACCAUUACCGGACUCAAGGUAGGCACGGUGAUGCUCGGCGGUCUCCUGACUCAGAGGAAGCGCGCCAAGAAACUGGCGACCUCGCGGGGCUCUUUGGGCCUUCCCGACGGAGGCAACAUCAACUCGGAAGAAUUCCUGGCAAAGGUUGACGCAAAGGAACGCGCAGACAAGGUAGAGGCCGAGGCGAAAGCGGAGAGGGAAAGGGGGCGCGCAAGGAAGAGGAAAGAGGCGGCCGCGGCGGCGGCGGCGCGGGCACGACAGGCGAAUACGGGGGGUCGAAGACGGCGAGGGGGCCGGGAGCGCAGCUGGAAGAGGGGCCUCACCUGGCCGUGGUCAAGGAGCGGCUGCAGCACAAGGGGCGGCUUUGCCCGUUCACCAGCCGGCACCCUCCUUGUCCCUGGUUGGACGGCAGCGGACGCCGACACCCGUUGUUGACGUGUAGCCGCCUAUGAGACUCUCCGCGGUUUGUUUUCUACCACACUCAGAGUAGGACAAAACAAGAUACAAAAGUCGUCAGUUUUUACGUGGAGUCGAUACAUACCCUGUUGCACGUUGCUUGUUGAUAGUAGCGUAGGCAACGGUGGCGUUACAGCAUGCCAAUGGGGCGGGGGGGGGCGGCGGGGGCGUUUGACCGAAAACCAGGGAUGUCGUGAUUCUGUCCCCGGGUGACCUCCAUUUCUUUUUUUUGCGAUAAAUGUUUCUCAUGCAUGUCUGAAUGCUACCUCCAAAUUGUAUGUCGUGGCGAUGUAUGAACAGUCCAGAAUAGACUAUGCAGGGUUCGUGGUGUACGGGGCUGAUUCUUGCCGUAGCGGCACGCAAAGUACCGAAAAUAUACCCAUUUUUGAACAACUAUUUCUUGACCGUACCAACUCCUUUCGGU